GCGCAGAACGCGACAUCCGGAAAUAAUAUUGUAGGCGAGAAUUAAAAGCUCUUGAGUUGAGAGGGUGGUCGAGACACGGUGCGUUUACAGCAGCCGAAAAUGCGUAAAGACUUAAAACAUGAACACGGAUCUAUUUUUAAAAGAGGACACUACCGUCGCUGUUAUCUGGUGGAGGUAUCCCAAUUUUUUGAAGGUUUGAAUUUAGGGUUGCAAGCGUAAAGAGGGUCGAUUUGGAUAGAGGAACAGAACACGGUUUGAUCCAUCGGCUGUGUGCAAAGUUGGGUUCUUUGGGUGACAGUUGAUGUCAUAAUUCGGUGAAAUUUAAUUUCAGAUUAUUUUAACCAGAUACGCUUGGUGUUUGAGCUGAAAAGAUGGUCAAGACAUAAAGUUUGACUGGUUGUGUUUUAUAUCAAAGGAGAGAUUUGUUACUGAACUGAUUUGUUUAUUAGACAAUUUAUUAAAAGAAAACUAAGUUACGAUCCUCGUAAAAUCUUAGUGUAUGUGUGCAAUUUAACGGUAAUAAAGCCAUGGCGGAAUCGGUGAAGACCUUUCAAGCGCACCUGACAGCUGUCAUGGAUAGUUUGGUUCGCGCAUCCGUGUGCGAGAUCACCAAACUCUUCCAGGACACGGUGAACGACUACCUGGUGGAAAUCUCUCUGAACAGGAAAGAAAACGAAGCCCUGAAAUUGAGACUCAGACUAACUGAGAAUAAUCUGAGAAAUGAACGCAAAUACGGCAUGUGUUGGGCAGCCAGUCGGCGCGCUGCCGGUCUGCUUGGCACGGAGGACACAUUGCGCAAGACGCGCAGGACGAAUCUCCAAAGAGGCAAGCAGGGGAAGGAGUGGAGUGGUGAUGCGUGGGAGGAGGGGACUGCAGGAGCGAGGGAUGAGAGGAGGGACAUGUUCCGUGUCCAUCUACCAACUGGAGGAGUUGGAGGGGGGGAGGAGGAGGAGGAGGAAAGGAUACGUGUUUCUGGGGAGAGGAAGGAGGUGGCCAGCAUUAAAGAGGAGGUGGAGAGCUACAGACCUACUGACUCGUUGAGGCUGUUGCAAGAGGCUCUACAGAUGAACCAAAGCGAUACCAGCCCUCGCACAUUCAGUCCCACCCACGGUGAGGUGGGUCCCGCCUCUCUUGGUCCUGUUGGAGUAUGGGCGGAGCAACCGCCUAUGUCCGAAGAGCAAAUAACCAGUGGAGAUGAGCUCAGCGGACUAGAGACCGCACUCAAAGCUGAACGUGAAAGGGAGGAGGCGGAGUCUGGCUUGGGCAGCCCCUCUCAAGAGGUGAGCGGAACCGGGGUUGCGUUCAUCGGACUAGACGGCCUGUGCAGCUCACAGCAGGGUGUGUCCUCCUCAUCGCAUAGAACUGACCCUCCUGAACUACAACUCCCAUUAGCCCCUGUGAACAAGGAAGAGGAAAACGGGUCAGGAGGAGACUGCGGGGACAUCCUGCACUUCUGCUCAAGGUGCGGCUGUGGCUUCAAUUCCGCCUCUGACCUGGCAGAUCACGCGUGCCCCGGUGUUGAGGAGCGGCCGUAUCAGUGCUCUGUAUGCGGGAGAGCAUUCAGCCACGCCUGGAGCCUCAAGAGCCACGAAUGCGUGCAGGUGGGAGAACAGCCGCAUCGCUGCGAGCUCUGCGGUAAGCGGUUCACGCACUCACGGUCCCUCGAGCGCCACCAGCUGGUUCACACGGGUGAGCGCCCUCAUAGAUGUCCACAGUGCGGCCGCAGCUUCAGUCGUCUUGGCAACCUGGAGAGGCACCAGCGCAUCCACACGGGGGAACGACCGUAUGAGUGCAGGGCGUGUGGGAAACGGUUCAGUCGAGUGGAGUACCUGAAACGACAUCAGCAGAUCCACGCCGGAGAACGAGCCGAGCGAAACUCCCAUCACUGCUCUCAAUGCAACCAGACAUUCAGCGACACGGAGCAGCUAAAGCAGCAUCAGUGUCCCUACAGCGUUUGAUGUUUUCAGUGCACAGACCUCAUUUAUGUCACAUCUUCCCCUUACAGAAAACGAGACCUUGCUAGUCAAACCUAAAGCUUUUCCAAGAGCUCCAGAAUACUCUCUCUGUUAAAAGUAGGGUUGGGAAUCGAAAAUCAAUUCCAAUUUGGAAUCGGAAUCGAAAGGCUAGGAAUCGGAUCGGAAUCGAAAGGAAUAGGAAUCGGAUACUUGAGAUUAAAAUUUGAAUUCCUCUUAUCAAUUCCUCAGAAAAGUACAUGCGUUGCAUGAUCUGCUGAUAUCUCAAUAAAAGCCCUUAUGAAAAUUAUCGAUAUUUUUUACUAUAGUAAGCAUAGUUUAGCUAUAGAAUUUGUAUUAAAGCACAGGAAUCACAAAUUAACCAUAGUUGCAUUAUUGUAACUGCAGUUUAACCAUGAUGUAGUUCAACUAUGAUAAUACAAAUUGUAAUAAAUCAGAAAAGGUGUGUUUCUAUGUGUAAAUAUACACAAAACGGUGCUCAUAAAUAUAUAUUUGCAAACAAGUCAAUAAGCAGGCUAAAUGACCAUACAGGUUGAUAUCUAAAUGUUUUACUUCAACUGUGGAAUCGAAACUGGGAAUCGAUAAGAAUUGAAAUCGAUAAGCAGAAUCAGAAUUGGAAUCGGAAUCGAUAAAAUUGAAACGAUUCCCAACCCUAGUUAAAAGGCUUGUUUGAUUCAGAAAUGCCAUCAUCAUUCACUCACUUUUGCAUUGCUUUUGUUCUUCAAUGAAACGCAUUGAAAAACUUUUGAACACUGUUGACGUGGCUCUCUUUCCGUUUGUGAAAAUAAACAGGGACUGAGUUUGUCCAUCAUUAUCGUUCUGCAGAUGAAAAGGAGUCUGGGGAAAUUAUGGUUAUUCAAAUUUUGAGGUUUGAACUAUUCUUUUAACACACCGUAUGUAGUAAGCAUAAAGGCUUCACCUUUACUGACUGCAAACAUGAAACCUUUAAUAUUAAAAGCAAAGCACACAAAAUUAGUAUUUCAAACCAGUGCUUGAAUGACCUUAAUAUUAUUCAUAUUUAUAAACUGUCUGCAAUAAUCUGUUAUGUAAUUUCUCAGAUGAUAUUUUAUUACCUACAUAACAGGCACAUCUGUUUCAACUCCCAAGAAUGUAUUAAUGCGAAUAACUUUAUUUUUGUUACAUGUUAAAUGGCUAUUUAAUUAAGGUUUUUGUUUUAAUUUUUUCAUUGUGUUAAUACAUUUUGUUUUUUUGUUUUGUUUAGUCUUUGACAUGUUUAUUCAUACGUUCUUCUAAGUUAUUACUGUAUAUAAGACUGAACAUGUUGCUUUUGCUUUCUCACUCAACAGAAUGGAAGUGAAAUAUUUGUUUUGUAUUUUAUGUAUAUGUUAUAUUUUAUUUUCCUGUUUUUUGUUACCAGUUUCAUACCAUAUUAAGAACUGUGGUAAAUGUGAAAUAAAAAUCCUCCCAAAAUGCUUCUAUACCCGGUUUUGACUUAAGGACGUAUUUUACAAUAAAUGUUAAGUGUUACACAUUUUAACGAACUGCAUUUCAAAAAUGUGAUUUAGCUCAUUGUGUUGUCAAAUGCGAUUAUCCCUCUACAUCCAUCAAAAGUAUACAAAUAGAAAUAUAUUUAAAAAUAAUAGAUAGAUAGAAAUAAAAGGAAAUUGCACUG